GGUUCACUGAUCUCAACUUGAACCGCAUCAACAAAGUAUUGUCAUCGAACAGGUACUAGGUCGAGUUUUCAGCCUGCUGUUGCGCUAGCUUUUCACGUCGAGUCGAGUGUUAUUAUCAACGAGAUUUGCAGCCAGAACCGACUUCACUUCCCUCCGCAGGAUUCCUGACCACAAGGCCGGCUGUCUGCAUAGAUCAGCCGGGCCAGUCCGUGUCCGUCUCUGUUCCGGUCGGCGGGGGUCAUGGACAGCCGCAACGCUGCACUACCUACGACGCAGAAUGGUGUGACGGUCGACUCGGACGACGAGGAUGACGUCUAUGACUGGAAAUCGCGGAUGUCGGGGUUGCGGGAGGAGCCAGAGCCAGGUGAUGAGCAGACUGGGUCCGGCAAACCACUCGCCAGGCAGCGUCCUGAAAACGGCGACGGCGACGACCACAAUGCAAAUACUCCAGCCACCGGUGACACCCACUCCUCGGAUGAACUCCAGGAUGAUGACCAGGUCCGUCACCCGUUCUAUCACUAUGCGACCGAGAAGCGUGACACGUACGUCGAUGCCAAACUCAUCUAUCAGCGACAUCGUCUGGAAUCAAAAUCGGAAAAGGACUUGCAAAGCCCCACGAUGCUGGGCAGAUCGCUGACCAUGCCCCCUUCGCUUGAGGGAGACAUGUCAUUGCAUCGGACUUCCAGCAUCGCGUCGAGGCAGAGCCAAGUUGGAAACGGGCAACAGCAGCAGUCAGGCUUUUCUAAACAGUCUGACCUGCCCAGUCUACAGACCCAGAUGGGGAACGCCGUUCAACAAGGACAACAGUCUCCAUCUCUUGCUGCAGAUGCUGCGGCUCGGAGCCAUCAGCUUCAUCCUCGUCUGCCCCACGAGUUCAAAGACCCGUUGCUGGCUCAUGAAGGUGUCCAUGGUGCAGGAGCGGGCAUGGGUCUUGGUAGCGGACCUGGAGGGAUGGCAGCCACUGAUGAGAGUAUCGUUAGUGAAGUGCGCGCUAUUUGUGAGAAGAUCAAGACCUUGCUGGAUCUUCGACAGAAGUAUAUCAGAGUGUCGCUGCAGUGCCCUGGCGUGAACCCCAAGGACGAGGAGACCUGGGAAAUAUAUCCUCCUCCUCCAAACCCUGUGUGGAAUGAGCAGAAGGCGCGGGAGCCGCAGCAGGACUAUAUUCCUCCCAACAGCACAUCAAGCAGCCUGUACAUGGCUGAUACACGGGCUCAUGCUCAGGGCACCGGCGGCACGGGAACGAACACCGAUCAGGCAGACCAGGAUCGUGGUCCCGCAUCGCCCAGCAGUGCGAAAAAGGCCCGGAAGCCCGGUCAAGCAAUCGGCGAAGAUUUCGACCUCAACGAGUGCUACAUCCCCCCAAAGGAUUACAAUGUGCGGUAUGAAAUGGACGAGGGAAGUGUAUAUCAAGUAUAUGAUGAACAUGGGCAGGGUUUGGUAGCGGUGCCGACGCUGCGAGACUAUUACAUCGCCCUUGACACAAUUCUUGAUCUGGCCUCUGAUGGACCAGCCAAGAGCUUUGCAUAUCGUCGCCUACAGUAUCUCGAAGGGCGGUAUAACCUGUACACGCUGUUGAAUGAAUACCAAGAAGUGGCGGAUACCAAGAAAGUGCCCCAUCGAGACUUUUACAAUGUGCGGAAAGUCGACACGCACGUGCACCAUUCAGCAUGCAUGAACCAGAAACAUCUGUUGCGGUUCAUCAAGAGCAAGAUGAAGAAAUGCCCUGACGAAGUGGUCAUCGACCGCGACGGAAAACAGUUGACAUUGCGGGAAGUCUUUGAAAGCAUCAACCUCACGGCAUACGACUUGAGUAUUGAUACUCUGGAUAUGCAUGCCCAUACGGACUCGUUCCAUCGAUUCGACAAGUUCAAUCUGAAAUACAACCCGAUCGGCCAGUCACGGCUUCGCGAGAUAUUCCUCAAGACGGACAACUUCAUCAAAGGUCGGUAUCUGGCGGAGAUUACGCGCGAGGUCAUUUCCGACUUGGAGUCGAGCAAGUAUCAAAUGGUCGAAUGGCGAAUCAGUAUAUACGGACGAGACAUCAACGAAUGGGACAAGCUGGCCGCAUGGGUGGUAGACAACAAGCUUUUCUCCCACAACGUGCGAUGGCUCAUCCAGAUCCCACGACUCUACGCACUCUACAAAUCGAUGAAGACGAUGGAAAACUUCGAAGCACUGAUCAAGAACAUCUUCCAGCCACUAUUCGAAGUCACACAGGACCCAUCAACCAACCCUAAACUACACGUCUUUCUGCAACGAGUCAUCGGCUUCGACAGCGUCGACGACGAAAGCAAAGUGGAACGCCGACUGUACCGCAAAUUCCCAGCCCCUAAGGAAUGGAACACCAAACAAAACCCACCAUACGGGUACUGGAUUUACUACUUGUUCGCCAACAUGACAUCCCUAAACGCAUGGCGCAAAAGGAGAGGCUUCAACACAUUCUUGCUUCGACCUCACUGUGGCGAGGCAGGCGACACGGAUCAUCUUGCAGCAGCAUUUCUAUGCUGUCACAGCAUCGCGCACGGCAUCAUGCUCCGCAAAGUCCCGCUGAUCCAGUACGUUUUCUACCUGGAGCAGAUCGGAGUCGCCAUGUCACCGUUGUCCAACAACGCGCUGUUUUUGACAUACGACCGCAACCCGUUCAUCAGUUACUUCAAAAAGGGCCUGAACGUGUCCCUGUCGACCGACGACCCGCUGCAAUUCGCGUUCACCAAAGAGCCCCUGAUCGAAGAGUAUUCGGUCGCCGCGCAGAUUUACAAGUUGAGCAAUGUCGAAAUGUGCGAGUUGGCCAAACAUUCCGUCGACCAAUGCGGCUUUGAAUUGACGUUGAAACAACGCUGGUUGGGCAAAUAUUGUUAUUUGCCGGGUGUGUUGGGUAAUGAUGUGGCGAAAUGUAAUGUCCCCGAUGUGAGGGAGGCGUUUCGCCAUGAAACUCUGAAGGCGGAACAUGCUUUUGUCGCAAAAUAUACGAACGAUUAUACCCAUUUCGCGCGCUGUACGCCGAAUCUGCCGGAUCCGAGCGACCAGAAUACGCCGCUUGAAGAGGCUUAUAGGGGCCUCGAGUCGCCGAGACAGUACUUUGCUGCAACGGCUGGGAUGGGGAUUGGUGAUGGUACUGGCAGUGUCGAAUCGUCAGCGUCAAUUGCUCCCGCCCAAUCUGCUAGGUUGCCUUUGCAUUUGAGGUCGAGUGCGUCGAUGUCUAUGCCUACUACUCCUGGGGCAGCGAGUGCAGGUGCAGGAGCAGGUGCAGGAGGGGGCGACCGCAGCAGCGCGACAAAUGUCAAUAAUGCUGGCGGUGGUGGCAGUGGUAUCGGUAUAAGCGGCAUAAGCACAUCGACAUCUCCCACCCGCUCCCGAACCAUGUCCGGCGUUUUCGCCACCCACUCUUCCUCGCAGCACUAUUAUCAUCCCGACGCACAUAUCUCAGGCCAAGAACCGCGUGCGUUCCCUGGUGUCGUGCACCAGCGUGAACGGAGACGAAGUCUACGAGUCAGUUCGAGUCAUUCGGAUAUGAUGAAUGCUGCUGGGGGAGCGACCGCCGGAGCCGGACAGGAUACAGGUGGCAGUGACUUGGGCAUGAGCAGGAGUAUGAGUUCAAGUCAACAUUUUGAACCGGCGCUGGCGAAGCUGAAGGUCAGAGAGGACGAGGAGAUUCAAGCGAAGACGGAGUUGUCGGAUUGAACGGCAGAGAGACGAGGAAAAUCAACCAAGGGCGGAGCGGAGCGGAGCUAUCGGAUUGAAUGCAUGCCAAAAAGCUAUUGGUAUAGACUGGAUUGGAUGAUGGUUGUGAUAGUGGUGGCAGUAAUGGCCAAGAUGAUGGAUGGCCAUUGUUGGAUGAGGGGCAUAGUCGUGUGGUUGAUAUCCAACUUGAGCAACGGGGUCAACUGGUGUCCCGUCGGUUUUUGGUUUGGUACCUAUAUCCUAUCCUGGCAGUAGGUAGUAGUACCAAGGUAUGUACAAGAAAAUGAAAAACGAAAACCUCUUGAUCAAUAACUUUCGUCGGGUCGAGUGUGAAUUGUGGAGUACUAUACUGUUUGUUAUAUACCCUAUCUUCCUCGUGAACAUAUAGAACCCGGCAAGUCUAGUCGUGGCAUAAUAAACACAGCUGCCGCUGUAUCCAUUCAAGCAGAGUCAAUCCAGCACAACUAAG